UCUCCCUCCCUCCCUCCCCCCCCCGGUUUGAAUCGGACUCAAAGUGAAUGUAAAGGCUUCUUCUAGCAUGAAGAGGAAGGUAUAACUGCUUAGUCUGUAAGUUGGUGGAAGGAUUGCCACUCUCAUCAAUUCAGCCAGCUUAAUACAUUUUUAUCUGUGACCUUUGACGUCCUCUAUCCUAUUUGGCUAACUUGAUUUGGACCAGGCCCAUCUGACUGCCCAGCGGUGGUACGUUGUACCUUGUGGAAGAGACCUUUGAACGGGCUUCCGUGGCCAAGGUUCUGAUCACAAGCAACCCAGUGACAAAUUCUGGUCUCCUUGGUGUGGCUAAGCUUUUGAUAGCCUUUGACCUCAUUGCUUUGAAGGAUGUGCUCCAUUACUUCUCCAUGCCAUGGCUAAUGUCAGCUGUAUCAUGCUUGCAAACUAGGGUCAAUUAGAAGACCUCUGGAAAGGAAGCUGAACAUGCCUUGACACUGCCAUUUUUGUAGCUGGUGACCCUUGAACUCUGCUAGAAUGCUGUGUGUGGUGCGGUUGGCCUUAGGGACUAGGGUUAUAAGGUUGGCAUCCCGUGGCAAAGCCUCCCUAGCUGCCAAGAUGGUGAAAUAUCGGAAGAUGAGAAAACCAGUGGAACCACAGGACUGGGCGGUGGAUUAUCGGGAGAGAUACAUCCCCUUUUCCAAGGAUCAGCUGGUUGAUGCCCUAGUGAAGGAGUUCCAUUCCUCUAGUCACACGAAUCGCGCCUCCUUCCUAGCAUUUGUCUCUCAAGUGGACUCCUCUCUUCUUCACCAUUACCACACCAUCCUUGAGCAGUUAAAGGCUCUCUAUGCACCUAUUAAUCCUGACCGGGACACGCUGCAGGAGUUCUCUCUGACCGAUGCUGAGCGGUUAACAAAAGAACAGGAGGUUUUGGCUGGGAUGGAACCACUGCUGGACCAGGCCAACUUCAAUAGUUUGUCAGAGGAAGCACUGGCCUAUGCCCUUGUAGUCCAUCACCCUCAGGACGAAGUCCAGGUGACAGUAAACCUGGAUCAAUAUGAAUACAUGAGAUUCUGGGCUCUUGGCCAACGGAUAGGACCACUGCGUGUGAUGACCUCUAUUCCCGCCCAGAGGGGGUUCUUUGGCACACCUCGGAUUCCAGCAGACAGGCGAUACUUCAAACGGGUGGUGGUGGCUGCCCGGAUUAAGAAUGCUCAUCUGGUGCUUAAAUGCUUUAAAGACAUUCCCCUGGAAGGCCUAGAGCAGUUGUUGCCAGCUGUCAAAGUCCGUACCUCCAUCUUCUACAGGGCCCUCCUCAACAGCAUGCUGAUAGUGAGCGGUUUGGCCGUCUUUGUCAAUGUGGGCAUGGUGGUGCUUUCUGACCUUAAGAUUGGCACCACUUCCUUGCUGCUUUUCUUCGCCGCUUUUAUGGCCUUCCGGGCUUGGAAGGUAUUUGGCCAACGCCGGAAUAUCCACUCCCUUGAGCUAGUGCAUAUGCUCUACUACCGCAGCACAUCCAACAAUGCUGAGCUGCUGGAUGCUCUUGCUCUGCGUGCUCAGGAAGAACAUGCCAAGGAGGUCAUCUUGGCACACAGUUUUCUCCUCCAGCUGCAGCACCAUCACCCCCUGCAGGAUAACAAAGACUCCAAAACUGUCGAAGGUCUAAGGCAAGAGGUUCAGGCUUGGCUGCACCUCCACUCGGGGCUGGAUGUCAACUUCUGUGCCGAACGUGCCUGCAAGCAUCUCAGGGAACUGGGAGUUGGGAGUGUGGGCCCUCCUACAGCUGGGGCCCAUCCUGUGACUGGCUAGGAGCCUCCUAUGAUUGCUUUGGCCAGCAUAUUUGGUCUCAGCAGUCAGGCCUCCUGAUAAGUCCCAUAGUGCUUAGCAUGCUAAGCUUUGGAGGCACAGGCAGGGAAUACUUUGUCUUCCUAGGCCAUUGUGGGAACAGUGCCUGAGGCUGCUGUUGCUGAUGCUGCCCAGAAACCUCAGGGUUUCUACUACUGUUCUUAAGCAGCUCUCCUGUGAAUGGGUAUCUUCCUCCAGAAAUUCAUGUUGGGUGAAAACAGAAGCAUGUAACACCAUAAGAAGUGUAAAUACUACUUGGCAUACAACAUUAGACCUCAUUACUACCAGGCCAUGUUACACCCCAGACUCAACUGUUUGGAGGGGAAUGGAUUUUUUUUAAAAAAAAUUCUUUCAUGUUUUUGCAAAGCACUUUUAUUACAGUAUAUGCUGCUGCCUUUUUUUCCCAUUGGAGCUGCAUGUUUUUCCUUUCUCGGAGGAAUGAGGGAAAGCGGUUUACAUUUGAAAUGAGAAUGGCAAAAGCGAUAAAUUGCUUGCAUUUAGGGUAAGAUGGGUUUUUAAUAUUCUUUUGUUCUUCUGCUGGGGGCUUUUUUUAAAAAAAGUGUCAAAUCACUUCUAUAGCACUUUGAAAUGCAAAGCACACACAUGAGGAACUUGAAGACUAUACUAAGCAGUUGGAUCUUGAUUUGCCUGUUUUGAAGAGAUCACAGAGGGUGAGACACGCAUACUUUGCAUUGCCUUGGACAAGUCAGUAAGUUCAGGCAGUGCUUUGACUGGUUAGAGAAAGACACUCUGCACAUUUCCAGAGACACUUCUCUAUGUUACUGCUCCUGCUGUUCCAGCAUGCGGCCUCUGCACUGAGAAUGGAUUCCAGGUCUUGGAACAAAUUUAUGCUGUGAGUUAAUGGUUGAAUGGAGACUUGAACCCAGGGCUUGUGUGUGUGUGUUUUAAAGUCCCUAUAGUGUAUUCACUGAACCACACCGGCUUUUUUUCCCUUUCCAGUCAUCAGUUGGUUAACUAAGUCGACAAUCUGUAAUGAUGGCUUAGGGUUUAGAGUCCAGAAAAUUGCAUAAGCAGCAGGCAGGAAUUUUUGGGAUAACUGUUGCUGACAGAUUGUGAAGUUGAGACAUGUUUGCUACCUCCUAUUAAAGCAUGCAAUAAGGUCUUAAUUCUACCCCGAUGGAAGGGACCUGCAUAGCUGA